AUGGAGGUAGCGAAAUCGUUGCUUUGGUCCGCAGGCGUCAGUGACUUCCUCAGGAAGGACUUCCUCAGCCUGGGAAGUUCCGCUGCGGGACUCGCGAUCGUCCUCCAUCUCAAUCUCUUUCGCACCAAUUUUCCCACGGAAGAUCAUCUUCAUGACCUUUUGACAUUCUAUAUUGUUGCCGUGUCUGCCGUGUUUGCCGCCUAUCUCUCGUCAACUGAUUACUCAGUGACCCAGAGUCUGGUCGGAGUAUGCUGGAUUGCGGGCGCUUUCAAUACAGGACUGGUGUUGAGCAUUGGGGUUUAUCGGUUGUUCUUCCAUCGUCUUCGCCACUUUCCAGGCCCGCUAGGGUCCAAGGUGUCUCGAUUCUAUGACGCGUAUCUUGCCGGAAAGAAUGUGCAAUAUAAUGUGGAAAUUGAGAAACUCCACAGGCGAUACGGUGACUUUAUCAGAACAGGUCCUCGAGAAAUCUGUAUCGUGCGCAAAUCAGCUUUAUCAGCCCUCUUCGGACCUCAAUCAAAGUGUCGCAAGUCAACCUACUACGCGCAGGCUUCUACCAACCCGAAAGAAUGUUCCGUUCACCACACACGGGAUUUUGAAGAUCAUCGGAAACGACGAAAGGCAUGGGAUCGAGGAUUUAGUAUCAAAUCACUCGGAUUGUACGAACCCCGGAUCAAGGCAAAGGCCGACCAACUUGCCUCACAUAUCGCAGCCAACCUGGGAAAUCCCAUUGAUGCUACCGCCUGGUCUAUGUUUCUCAGUUUCGAUGUAAUGGGAGACGUGGGCUUUGGAAAAGACUUUGGAAACUUGACAACAGGUGUUGAACACCCAGCUAUCAAAGGAAUCCACGAUCACAUGGCCAUCCUGGGCGUUCUGGGCCAUGUUCCUUGGUUUCUGAAUCUCGUUAGCCGUAUCCCCGGAGCUACUGCAGCCUACUCAGGUUUCUUCAAGUGGUGUGGUGAUGAGAUAGAAAGGAAGCAAAAGAUUUGGGACGCUGGAAAGUAUCCCGACGAUAUUGUCUCAUGGCUGCUGAAAGCCUACGUGGACAAGGACGCAGCAGCCUCUCCUUCUGAAGCUGCUUUGCACGAAGACUCUCGAGUGGUCAUUAUUGCCGGCAGUGAAACCACAGCGACUACCUUGGCGACUGUUCUUUUCUACUUAGCUAAGUAUCAGCAUGUCCUAGCCAAGCUUCAGCGGCUGUUGGAUGAGGCUAUGCCUGGUGGGGUCGAGGACUGGUCCUACGACAAGGUGAAGACCGUCUCUUUUCUUGACGACAUCAUCAAUGAAUCUCUUCGUCUCCGGCCAGCCGUGAUGACAGGUGGUUACCGAGUAACCCCUGCGGAAGGCGUUCAGAUCGAUGAGGUGUACAUUCCUGGGGAUGUCAACGUGUUUGUUCCGGUUCAGUUGAUUCAAACGGAUGAGAGGUACUACAAACAAGCCCAAAGUUUCAUCCCCGAGAGAUGGGGUGAAAGAAAAGACGAGCUUCGCACUGAUGGGGCGCCUUUCAUUCCAUUUGCAAUAGGUCACUACAGUUGCCCUGGGAAGAAUCUCGCUCUGCUCAGCCUUCGAGUCACGGUAUCUGUAUUGGUUCUACAAUAUUCCAUAAGUUUCGCGCCGGGUGAGACAGGCGAGGAAUUUGAGCACAGCGCGCUGGACACGUUUACAACGACGUUGCCUCCUCUUCGGCUCCAGUUUCGCAAACGACAGGGUCUGACUGGGGACGCUAGUCCCUAG